GCUCACAGUCAGUCAUGAUCAGGUGGCUGAUCACCUUGUCAGGAGAGACCUCUUUUGCUGCCUGUUCACUGCCUUGAGCACUGCUGACCAUGUCCUGCCAGACGAAAAUAACUCCGGUGCCAUGGAGCAAACUUGGGAUUCUUACAUCAAUUCCUUAAAUCGGAACUCCUUACCCAGACAAGUGGAGGUGACCGAGGGAAACUAUUUUUCAGGGUCCCUCGAAAACCUGUCGUUUUCCAAAGGGGAUGUCAUCACGGUGGUUGACCUGGAACCGAUUCUUGUCAGAGCAGAAGUGAAGGACGGUGAGCGAGUUCUGGACUUGGUCGAUAUACCUCUCGGAUACGAAGGGAACUUCCAACUGGUUGCAGACCCGGUUUCUUUUGAAACUGUGGCUGAUUUAAUCCAUUCUGUCCGACUUCCCCAGAAUCCUGUGGCCCACAGAAGUCCUCCCCGCUUCCAGAACUUAAUCCCCAUCUCCACAGAUGAUGUGCCCAUGAAGCUCAGGAAAGGAGAAACACUGUCCUUAAUUGGCUUUGAAGAGAGUCAGGGGAGGAGGCUGCUACGAUGCGAGGUGCUGAGGAAGACGCCCCCCCUGAAACUGCUCCUCCCCAUGGACUGCAGGGGCCACUUCCUGGAGUGCCAGGAUGACCAGCUCUACUCCAUUGACACCAUCGUGAGGUGGAAGCUGCUUGCAGGGAGGAAGCGCAGGGUUAGGGUGCAAGCUGGACAUCGCCUGAGGCUUCUUAGCCCCCUGGUUCCAGAGCACUUUCGUGGACAUUUAGUUUUGCAUCCCUAUUUCUCAGUGAUGGCAUAUCUGCCAGGUGAGACCCAGGUUAGCAUCCCCUCCGAUCUGGACAUCAGUGUAACUGAGAUCACCGGCUUAGAUCGUAAGCCCAGGACAACAAUGAGGCAAAUAUUCAGCAUGGAAGAAAACAAGUUCCCAGUGAGAAUCAAAAUAACUAGCGUGGUCCUGACGGAGAACGAGGUGUGCCCAAAGCCUCUGAAGUGUGGGCAGCUCUUAACCAUCCUCAGGACAGAGAAUGUGAGGAAAUUCGUUGCCACUGAGAUUUCCCAAGGAAAGAAAGGGAGGCGUUUUCUCAUCCCGUACACCUAUCAGGGCCUGGUACAUAGGAGAGGUCGUUACUUUUAUGCUGUCUCUGAUGUCGCUGCUGCCAUGCAACACGGACAGGUCUACUUCCAGGCCUCCAGGGACUACACCUCCUUCCUGGGGCCUUCCGCAUCUUUCGAAGCCGACGAGUGCUUCCUGGCCCUGAAGAAGACUGUGGUGUUCGCCAAGUUUCACAGUGAGCUGCACAGGGUGAAAGUCCUCAAGUGCCUGAACAUUGCCACCAAAGACCAGGUCAAACUGCCUUUGUUCGCAGUAGGAGAGUUCCUGGAGCUGUUCGAUGGCGCUGGACCAGGGACCCUGCAGGAGCUAUGCCAAGUCACAAAACUGCCGUGCCACGUCAGCGUAGCCAGCCCAGAUCCCUCCGUGACUGAGGAGGAGGAGGACCCCCUGUACGGAACUGAGGAGCUGAGAAUUGAAAAUGUCGUCGUUGAACGAUGCCUCAUAGCCAAAGAUGAACCGUCACUGGAGGACAUGAUCGCCUCAGGAGACAUAUACAGGGAGUGUCCAGAAGCCACAUUUGCAAUCCCGAUUGAGAAGUCAAGCUUCGAGGUCUCAGUGGUAGAAGAGCCUUCCUGGAUAGCUGAUGUCGAGAAAGAGAAAUGCACGCCUCUCCAGAGCAUCCAGGAAGUCACCGAAAAGUCUCUGGCCUUCAGUAAUUGCUUGGUUAUCCCCCGUCCUCCGCCACUUGCUCCAAAGCCCAGAAGUCUGUUUUAAAAACAGAAAAACGUGACUGUCAUCCCUUCCUUUGUUUACAGAAUCAUCAGCUGAAUGUUUGGAGUUUUCCAGAGCUGAAAGGGAGCCCCCAGAGGUGGGAGCCCGGAUCACAGGUGUCAACAAGACACUAUUUCCAUCACCCCUGAACAUUUGCUAUAAGAUGUGUUAUUGUUCUGUCACUGUGACAAAAUGCUUGAGAUAAUCAACUCAUGAGGAGAAAAGGUUCCUUUUGGGCUCAGAGACUUCAGUCCGUGAUCACUUGGCCCCACUGCCUUUGGGCCUGUGGCAUGGCGACUCAUCGUGGUGGGGACAUGCAGUGGAUCAAAGCUGCCCACCUCACCAUUGGCAGGAAGCAGAAAGGUUCCUAUAGCUCUUUCUGUAUGUCCCCAGGAAAAUAACUCCCUUCACCAAGGCAUCAACCUUUAAUGGUUCCAUGAUCUCCCAAAAGCACUGUGCACUAGAGACCAAGCUUUUGGGGGACUCCUAUUAAAACCAUCUGUACUGGUUGUAGUUUUGUGUGUCCACUUGACACAAGCUGGAGUUAUCACAGAGAAAGGAGCCUCCCUUGAGGAAAUGUCUCCAUGAGAUCCAGCUGUAAGGCAUUUUCUCAAUUAGUGAUCAAGGGGGAGGACCCAGCCCAUUGUGGGUGGUGCUGUCCCUGUGCUGGUGGUCCCGGGUUCUAUAAGAAAGCAAGCUGAGCAAGCCAGGGGAAGCAAGCCAGUAAGUAACAUCCCUCCAUGGCCUCUGCAUCAUCUCCUGCUUCCUGACCUGCUUGAGUUCCAGUCCUGACUUCCUUGGGUGGUGAACAGCCAUGUGGAAGUGUAAGCUGAAUAAACCCUUUCCUCCCCA